AUGUUCAAAGACCAGAAGCCCCAUGUACCAGGCGAGGGAGGCAUUGCCCGCUUCCGAGACCAGCAUCAACAGCUCGGCCGGCCACUGUUGGGCACGGUGCUGACCGUCCAAGCCAACAUUGUGGCCAUGCUGGCUGCUCAGGCGUUCGACUUCGUGAUGAUCGACAUGGAGCAUUCUCCCAUGUCGGCGGAGCAAAUGACCCAGAUGGUGCACAGCGUGGUGUCGGCGUCCAAGGGCAAAUGCAUGGCCAUCGUGCGCGUCCCUUCGCACGACGUCGAGUGGAUCAAAUGGGCGCUGGACAGUGGCGCGGCGGGCAUCAUCAUCCCCAUGGUCAACAACGCGGCCGAGAUGGAACGCAUCAUCUCCCACGCCAUCUACCCCCCGACGGGCAAACGGAGCUUUGGUCCCUUCAACGCCGCCUUCGGCCGACAGUUGCUGGGUACCCAGUUCGGCACGUACUACGACAUGGCCCAAGAUGACGGCGUGGCCAUUCUACCCAUCAUCGAGUCCGCGGAGGGGAUCAAGAACGCCGAGGCCAUCCUGUCCGUGCGCGGCGUGACUGGCACUUUUAUCGGCCCCUACGACCUGCGUCUGUCCCUGGGGUUGCCCGGAGGGGUGGACGGGCCAGAGCCCGAGUUCUCCCAGGCUCUAUCGACCGUGCUCGAUGCGGCGAAGAAGCACGGAAAAAUCGUUGGGUCCAUGGCGACGUCUCCGGAGAUGGUGAGCACGCGGGCAGGCCUGGGCAUGACGUUCCUUCUGGUGACGCUGGACUACAAUUGCUUGGUCGCGGGAUUUGCGUCGGCGGUGGAGUCAAGUAAAGAAGCGCUCAAGAAGGCCGGACGGAUCCCAUCACGUCUGUAG